AUGUCCCCCGACGUCCGGCUGCACAUGUCCUGGUUGUACCGCGUCGUCUUCCUCUUCUCCUACUUAUCUCACGCCUUCUACAUCCCAGGUUACUCUAUACGAAGCUACCGCGACGAUGAAGACAUUCCUCUACUCGUGAACAAGGUGUACUCCGAUACCAGCCAGCUCCAAUAUGCCUAUUUCGAUCUGCCAUUCGUCUGUCCGCCCACUGGCCACAAGCAUCAUGGUUCCUCCUUUGCCAGUGGCCACAGUGUCCCUCUCAAUCUUGGAGAACUCCUCCGAGGGGAUCGAAUAAAGACGUCCGACUUGGAGAUCAAUAUGGGUCAAGAUAUUGAUUGUCAUUACCUGUGCGACCGAGUGGUGGGUCGAAAAGAGAUGCAAUGGGCCCAACAGCUGAUCGAAGGUGAAUAUGUCACCGAAUGGAUCCUCGACAAUCUUCCGGGAGCGACCUCGUUUGUCACUAUCGAUCGAAGUCGAAAAUACUACGCGGCCGGCUUCAAAAUGGGCUACAAGGACUUUGACGCGGCAACGGGCAAAGAGAGGUACUACUUUUACAACCAUUAUACCCUGGUUAUUCGCUGGCGGCUUGCCCCUGGUAGAGCUGGCGACAAUGGCGACAAGGUCAUUGUGGGGUUUGAAGUCUACACCAAGAGUAUCAAUGGAGGCCACCGCAACGAAACGGGCUGUCCCCUGGACGUCUCGGGGGAUCAAGAUCCAUUGCUUUUGUACAUUCCCGGGAACAGCAGCUAUUUGAAAGAACAAUACGCCGACUCAUCCUAUGUUCCCGAGGAGGUCAUUGACUGGGAUGACGGUGCGACAAUGACCAUUCCUUAUACCUACUCUGUCUACUUCAGAGAGGAAAAUGAAGUGGAAUGGGCCAAUCGAUGGGACCUCUACUUCAACGACCAGGCUGAGAGCUCUUUCACCCAUUGGCUAGCCAUUGUCAACUCUUUGAUCAUUUCAGGCAUCCUCGGCGCCGUCUGUAUUGUCAUUUGGGGACGGGCCAUGCAAGGAGAUGUCAAAGGUAGAGGUGAUGGAGUACUGGAAGAGGCUCGACUUCGCAUUGCAAAACGUGGUGACAAGAAAAAGUCUGGCAGUGGCCUCCUCGACAAGAUCACGGAGCCUGGUCCGGAGGAUGACCUAUCAUCCGACGAGGAGCCCUUGGAAGACGUCAGUGGAUGGAAACUACUUCACGGCGACGUCUUCAGACCGCCACCAUAUGGCGGGCUCCUCGCGCCACUGGUGGGCUCCGGAAUGCAACUCGUUUUCAUGGUCGUGGGACUCUUGGUCCUCAGCUGUGCCGGGAUUUUGAACCCCAGCUGGCGCGGAGGAUUCUGGAGUGUCGGGGUCGGGCUUUUCGUGUUCGCAGGUGGAUUUUCGGGCUAUUUCUCUGCUCGAAUCUACAAGACCUUCGGGGGUCAGAAUUGGCGCAAGAACACGAUGAUGACUGCCCUUCUGUUUCCCGGUCUGCUCUUUUCGUUGGUCUUUGUCCUGAAUCUAUUCACUUGGGCACAAGCAUCCUCUACGGCCCUCCCUUUCUCGACCCUCCUUGCUCUGGCCAGUCUAUGGCUCCUCAUUCAACUUCCUCUGGUUCACCUGGGGUCGUACUACGGAUUUUACCGGUCCUCCGCUUGGGAGCAUCCGACCAGAACAAACGCGAUACCUCGACAAAUGCCUCCGCAGGCAUGGUAUACCAAGCACCAUAUCAUUCUCGCAUUGGCGGCAGGACUAGUGUCCUUUGCUGUCCUCUUCAUCGAACUCAUCUUUGUCUUCAAAUCUCUCUACCUCGAUAAAUCAUCCUACUACUAUGUCUUCGGCUUCUUGAGUAUCAUAUCGGCUCUCCUCUCCAUCACCAUUGCGGAGACGGUGAUCAUCACGACCUACAUUCAGCUUUGUGCCGAAAACUACCACUGGUGGUGGCAGUCGUUCUUUGUGGGCGGAGCAUCUGGGUUCUGGAUCUUUGUCUAUUCGGUGUGGUAUUACGCCACACGGCUGCAUAUUGAAGGAUUCGUGAGCAGCUUCUUGUUUUUUAGCUAUACCGGGCUUGCAUGUGCAGUUUAUUCGCUCGCGACAGGGACCAUUGGGUUCUUGACGGCGUACAUGUUCGUUCGACGGAUGUAUUGGGGCGUCAAGGUGGAUUAA